AUGGCGACGCUUCAGGGCACUGGAAUUCCCAAAGUCAAGCUAGAGUCAGUCCCCGAUGAGAACAUCAAAGUAGAACCCUCAGAUACUCCGUCGCCAUUCCUGGGCGAGGAUGAGGACAUGGACGAAGACGCAGGUGAUCUAGACUUCUCGCAGGCACAACAACAGUUGUGGCUCAGUCAUAUUCCGCGGACCUUAUGGCAGAAGUUGUCGCAGAUAGAAGAUGACGACGAGAUUGAGAUCGGCAAGAUCCGAGUCGAAGGCUCGGAGUCGAAUCCGUCAAGGGUCAGUCUGUUGUUGUACCCGAACCCCGUAUUUGAGAACGAACCCAGAGAAUACAACCUCUUUGCUGCUCCACCAGAGAAACAACGCUCCCGCCGGCCGGGCCAAGCAUUUGUCUUUUCAGAAAGGGAUCUAGCGGGCUACAAGCCGAAAUCAUUUACAUGGGACGAACUUGACGAGGAGGGUAACCCGGGACAGGGGCGAUCCAACCUCUACGAACGGCACAGACGUGAACAAAAGAAAAAGGAAAACAAAGGCCGAUUUGUCCCUUACUCUCGACGACCCAUACCCAAGCAGACAGCCAUCACAGGCACCAUCGCCAGAGAAUUUGAAGCCGUGCCUGUCAAAAAUGACGAGUAUUUCACGCUGGAGAGCAAGCGGGCGGCCGCGAUGCUAAAAGUCCGCGUCCAAGAAGAAGCACUUUUCAGGACUGGUGACGACGACCCGGAGAAGAAGAGCAGAAAUAUUUAUAAGAGUCGGGCUGAAGCACAAGCGGCGGCCAAGGCAAACCAAGCGAGGAAACGCGCGGCAAAAGAAAAUCGCGCCGCUCGUGUGGACAAGGACGUGCUUGUCGACAAGCUCAUGGCGUUGUUCCGCCAACAUCGGAUCUGGGGCCUACGCGAUCUCAAAGCAAAAGUCAACCAGCCGGAAGCCUACUUGCGCGAAACGCUCGAGGAGAUUGCCUUUAUGUGGAAGCAAGGCGACUUCAACGGCAAAUGGGAGUUGAAAGACGAAUACAAGCAGGGUGAUCAAAUGCUUCUGAAUCCUACCGGCGUGGAGAUCGCGCCCAAGGCCGAGGACACAGAUGCGGAUACAAAGUCGGGGAUGGAUCUGGAUGACGAUGACGACGAGGACGAGUUUGAAGACGUUGUUGAGGGCUAG